AACAACGCGUUUGUGCUGCUAUAGAGUGAAUACAGCUAUUAGUAAUUCAUGUGAAAAUGGUUUUUGUGUCAUUCUGAUAAGGACGAAAGUAGCAAGAACGAUUUUGACAUUUGACAGUCUCGGACUACGUGCGCAAUGGUACCGUCGUUUGGGUAGCAGGAAUGCCCCCCUCUGUUGAUUAAAAUUUGAAACAUUAUUAUAUGCUUCUAUCUAAACAAGGUCAACAGUUUUCAUCAACUCUACAACGAAAAUAAUUAAGAAUCAGUGUAUAUUAUGCCUUUAUCUUUAAAGAAAGUGCUUUUUGUCCGUUAUUAUCUAAGAUACAUGCGCGAGUGUCCGCGAAAAUGAUCUGUACUUUGUUUUUCGCAAUCACAUCGUUACAUGAACAUGGAUGACCUAAAAUGCGAAUACAUGAAGAAGAAAAGAUGCUUUGGACUGUCGCAAGUAACGUUAUCAACGGCAAUUAUAAUGUCCUGUGUAUCGACUAUCAUCAAUCGAAAACAUAUCUUCGCAUAACGAUCGUUGAAUUUUCGAUGUACAAAAGUGAAAAUGUGAUGUGUCAAACUGAUUGUUUACGUCGCGGCGCACAGGUGAGCGUGUGCGGUUUGUAGUAGUGGCACGCAGGGCGGCGAGGCUGCCGCGGCCAGGGGCCAGGUGCGCGGGCAUGGCGGGUCGGGAGAGCCCCGCCAACGGCGGGUACGAGGCGGCGGAGCCCGCGCUCCGCGUACGCAAGGACCUGUUCCCGGAAGUGCGCCUGCCCAAGCCGGGCGACGUCGCCGCCGACGUGGACGCUGACGCGGACGACUCGCAGCAGGACCUGCUUGAGGAGAGCAUCUCGUGCGUCAACCUCGAGACAGACUUCGAGAAGAGCAUUGAUGAAAUCGCCAAUCAAAAGCUGCAGGGCAAUGGCGCCCUGUCGCCCCCAGAGCGUCGGCACCCGCGCCCGCGGCAUCGCAAACACAAACAGCACUCCAGGCACAGCUCCCACUCCCAUGGAGAGCAGUCACCUCCUAAUGGCUGCCUCCCGCAAAAGAAGAAAAAGAAGAAGUCUCGCCACAACCACUCACCCACCAAUGCGGUGACAUUACAUGUGAAAGGUGGAAAGAACUUGAACUUAGUGAGUAGUAGCGAGUGUCAGGUAGAGCAGGAUGCAGAGGAGGACAGUUCGGAGGAUGAAGUGCUCAAAUUUAGUGUGAAGUUACCUUUAAUUAAUGUAGUGCGGCAGAGUGGCAAGCCAUACAGUCACGAACUUAGUCAAUUAUCAACAAGAAAGAGCAAAUCCAAGGAUUCUGUGAAGGAAAGAAGGACUCAUGCUGUGACACCAUGCAGUGGAAAGCCCAGAUCUAUGUUAGAUAUUUGUAGUUCCAAAAGCAAGAAAAAAUCUAAGAAAUCGGAUAGUGGCCCCACAACCACAUAUCACAGUCAGAUUGUGGACACUAAUACUAUUAAAAUAAAAAUUAGAAGAACAAGUGUUCAUGAAACGGUGCCGCCGACCCCGACAUCGAUUGCAGACAUCGGCCAGAGGAAGUCUAAGAAGAAGCGCGCGGCGUCGCCGGUGGGCAGUGUGAGCUCGGGCGAGGAGUACGACCCGGCGCGCCCCGACACCGCCGCCGCCAUCAGCGUCGCCGCGCCCAAGCCGCGCCACCCGCCAACCAAGACGAGAAAAUCUAACUCUAAAAGUAAAACCGAAAAGACUGACAAAAGUAGGGUUAGCGGUUCGAGCAGUAAAGAAAGCGGUCCCCAGAGCGGGUGGGCGAGCUCCAUGCCGGAAGAAAUUCUCGUUAAGAUCUUCGAAUACAUAGUGGCUUCACAGGGGACUUUGCCUUCUGUUAUCAAACUGGGUAAAGUGUGCAAGGUGUGGCACGCCGUCAGCCUCCGGCCGGAGCUCUGGAAGCAGGUGGACCUGGCGCAGUACACCAGCGAGAAACACAAAACCGAUUACAGAUUAGUUUCCCUCCUCGAAAAUCGAUUAUCGCAUUGCCAGAGUCUCAAUAUCGCCCAGUGGAAGGUUUGCAACAUGUCGUGGGUGCUGGCGUGCCUGGUAGAGUACUGCCCGAACCUGGCCGAGCUCAGCGUGGCGGGCUGGAGCCGCCUCACGCCCGACCAGCUGUACGACCUCGCGCAAGGGCUGCCCAAGCUUCAGCGGUUGGAUCUCUCACUUACGUCGGAGACGGGCGGUUCGAGCACAUGUCUCUCGGCGGGGUCGAUGGCGCGCCUGGCCGCCAACUUCGGCGAGCGCUUCACACACCUCACGCUGGCCAACAACAAGUUCACGGCGCUGCCUCAGAUACUCUCCUCUAUCGCGGCGCACUGUCCGAAUCUAGAAGUGUUGGAUAUCUCGGGCGCGCGAGCUACCUCGCACCCGGCGGCAGUGCCUCUGGAGGCGUUGCAGAAGGGCUGCCCCAAGAUGAGGGUGUUCAGGGCCGCGAACUCGCAGCUAGUACUGGCCUCUACUACUACGUCGCAACAGAUGGAGUGUGUCGGGUGGACGUUGCUGGAGGAGCUGUCGAUCGCGGCGGAGGCGGCGACAGAGCGCGUGGGCGUGGGCGAGUACCGGCUCGGCGACGAGGCGCUGGCGCGGCUAGUGCGCGCCGCCACGCGCCUGCGGCUGCUCGACCUGCGCGGCCUGCACCGCCUGUCCGACUCGGGGCUGGUGCGCGUGCCGGCCUGGGACCUGCAGCACCUGUUCCUGGGCGGUUGCAACGUAACCCGCAAGAGCAACUCGUGCCUGGAGCUAAUCUGCGAGAAGUGGUCGCACAGCCUGCUCGAGCUCGACCUGUCGUGGGCGUCCGCCGAGCGCGUGCUCGACACGGCCGUCUGCGCGCUGGCCGACGCGCCGCACAGCAAGCUCAGAAUUUUAAACUUGUGCGGGUCAUCUGUAUCGUUAGAACCUGUGAAAAAGAUUCUAAUGCGGUGUCCGGACCUGGAGUCGCUGAACCUGGCGGCGUGCCGCGCCCUGCCGCGCGGCAUGAAGCGUCUCUACACUGGCAAGGAGCUGCAGGACCUCAAGGACAGCUUCGACCCCGCCAAGGCCAAAACCAAGGAAGACUCCGACAAAGAGGAUGACGACGCCCCGAGCAAAAAAGACAAAAAGUGUCAAUACGUCUCUAAAUCGGAGUCCGCCAAGUCGCCCAAUCGCGACGAUGACGAAAAGUCCGCUGCCAAAGUAGAAGCCAAGUCACCUGACAAGUCUUCCUCGAGUGUUUUCCAGGAACCUAAAAGCAUAUCCGAUACCACCGUCAUAUCUGAUAAGAAACUUACCGAAGUAUCGACGAAAUAUUCCCCAGAUUCUAAGGCGGAGUCUUCCACUAACAAAGAUGCCGUGGACACUCCCGUCCACACUCCAGAAGGCAAACAUUCUACGAGAGAGCCAACUCCGAAACUUCUCAGUCCCAUCGUACAGUCCAAACCCGAUUCCUCUUCCACUCCGAGAUCUGAUUCGGCCAAAACUGAUCUCGGCAGCCCCCACUUCAGUCCCGUGCCAAAACCCGAUAGUCAAGUGCAAAAUAGUCCCGAAGUAUUAUCAGAAUCCUUCAAAAGCAACUCCUGGAACCUGGGACAGUUUAAAACGACCCCAACACACAGAUCUGAAGCUAGUCCUCUCAAUCGCUUAGAUAGCCACAGCAGAGUGAAAGCUAGUAAAGUUAUAGAACAAUGUAGCCCAACAACGUCAUUAGAAAAUAAACUUAGUCCGGAAGUCGUGGGAGCCAAGCAGGACAUAAAGAAUCCUAAUAGUUGGAAUUAUGGCAAUUACAGUCCAAUGACCAGGCAGGAUAGUCAGUUCCCAUCUCAGAAGAGCCCAUAUUCCGCGCAACCGAGUCCGGCGCAACCCAGCCCGUACUCUGCUCAGCCUAGUCCGUACUCCACUCAACAAAGUCCAUACUCCUCCCAACCUAGUCCUUAUUCCGCCCAGCCUAGUCCUGACACCAGCCAAAUGGUGAAAUCAGACAUACCUAAAUCCGGAGCUUGGAACGCUGGCAAUUACAGCCCGAUGCCGAAGCACCACGCCCCGUUUUCGCCUCAUCCGUCGACCCACACGAGCCCGGAUCCCGGCUUAGGAGUUAAAAGUGACUCCAUAAGAAGUAAUCCCAAUAAAACACCCGGUCAAUAUAGCCCUAUGUCGCGGCAAGAUCGAUUGCACCAGAGUCCGUACUCCCCGCGACCCAGCGCGGAAAAUGUCGCUUACAACAACAAAAAGAGCCCCGGUGUUGGCGGCUACAGUCCCAUGAUGCGGGCAGACUGCCACCUACCGAGCCCUGAUGGCGGGCAAAGCUCGAGGCCGACAAUUGGCCGGACGCAGGACAUGUAUGGACGGCAAGCGGCAAAGCUGCCGGACAUGAUGGCCGGUGGUGGCACGGAGCUGGCCGGCGCGUGGGGCCUGGACAGGUUCAGCCAGCUGGGCAACCCGAGCAUGGAGUCGUUGGUGUGGGGCGCCGGCGGCUCGUACUCCGCGGAGUCGACGCACGCCGCGCCGCGCCUCGACAACAUUCCCCCCAUGCUGAACACGCCGCCCCCGCAGGCGUGGCCCGGCCUGCCCUCGUUCACCUCUAGUGCGCGGAGACCCAAUAACGAUAUGAGUGACCCGUGGACAUUAGGUCAGUUUCGUGUGGAGCCUCCUCACCAAGUGCACAAUACGUUUGUAGAACAGAACGUGUCGUUCGACUCGCUGAGUGCGCCGCACGCGCUACCGCACCUGCCGCAGAGCUACCUGGGCGAUGGCUUCUCGGGCUCGCGUCUCGAAUGACGCCCGGCCGCGCACCUCACCGCAUUCACUGCACCGUAUGUAUACACCUUGAACAAUUAUCUUGUAGAGAUUGUAUAUAAGAUUAUCUUUUUUAGAUGUAGCAUUAACAAGCGUAGGUUUGCAUUAAAAUUAUUAUUAUUAUUAUUUUGCAGCCUAUGAUAGAAAGAUGAGAGCUGAAUAUUAUAUAGUUAAUUCAUCCAUCUUAGAAGUUGGAUUAUACACUGAGCUAGAUUUUAGAGUGAUUCUUUCUUACGAUACCAAACAAUUUUCAUACCAUUUAAGAGACCAAGAUGAUAUUCUGCUUUCCUGAUGCAACAUCAUGUUUUCGUGGAGGCAAUAAGUUUUUACAAUCUGCAGGUACAGAUAUUUUGCCUUUGAUUAAUUACAUCGGAUAGCACAUCGUAGAGGAGUUAUAUAUAUAUAUGUAUAUGUAUACAUAAAUGUUACAUUGGCGUAUAUAUUGUCAAGGCCUUGUUAUUCGGGGAGCCACAUGUUUUACAAAUAUACCUCAGUAGAUUAUGAAAUAGUGAUCUUUAUAGUGAGUAUAAUACAACCGAUUAUUUGAUGCAGAGGUUUGAAUCCUCAGUUCAAACUACUACUGGCUGCAAGAGAGGGUUGUACUGAACCGUCUGAUGUAAGUAACGCGCGUUAAUAGUUAACCUUAUACUAUCAAGGCUCAGUUCCCUGAAGCUAAACAUCUUUUUGAGUUGUGUUGAACUCUAUACACUUUUGUAAACAUGCCUCUCGUUCCGCUCCUAAUAUUGCAGCGUCUGAGUACUUAUGUCGCCUCGAAAAGCAUCCAUUUGUCCCGUGAAUCUAAACAUUAUACAUAGGCUAAGUGUUGUUUCUCUCCUAUUUUCUUAAUAUUCUAUGAUUGUUGAUCAAAACUGUGUGGUACUUACCGGUCCAACUUACGCAGACACGUAUGCAUGUAGAAAUCUUUAAAAUUUCACGGGACAAAUGGCUGCUGCUUAUUAUAACUCACUUGAGGCUUCCUAUUUUCAUCAACUUGGUCUUACAAUUUUAUAUAUUUUUUAAUCUGUAACAGUAUGUACCUAUACUCGAUAACAUGCAAUAAUAAUGAACAUUCCUUUUGUAUAAAAUAUUAAACAGUCUUCAGAUUGCAAAAUAUUAUCUGUAUACAAAAAAUAUUUGUAUUAUUAUUAUGUUUUAGAUAAUUGUUUAAGUUGUUUUGUGUUACUUCUUCAAAACACCAUAUCAGAAAUUUUCUAUUUUUUAAAUAUGUAUAUCAUACUUAUUUAUGGUAGAACAUUACUCUGGUUAUAGGAAAUAGUACAAUAUCACAAAGCUCACAUUCUCAUUCUUAAUGAAGCUGUAUUGUUUGUCGAACAGAAGGUCGGAAGUGGAAAAUAAGAAAGUAUUUUAUUCGACAUACCGACAUACAGAUAAAAUUGGUCAAAUUGGUCACGCAGCGUUCUUAAAACUAUCUAAGCUGACUUUAACCUCUUGCCCAAAGAACUCCCAAUUUAACAAAGUAACUGUCAAAGUUUGGUUUUUGUAAUGGUUUCAUAAAAUGACCGCCCAUCUCAUGUUACAACGCUUUAGUGUAGCAUUCACGGCAUCGUUAGAGCAGCUAUUAGUUAUCGUAAGGUGUUUGUCACGGAUUUAUAAGAGAAACGCUAGGACAUAUCUGCAGUAAAUAAGGUUAUUAAGUGGGAUCGGGUGAGUGAUGGCCUUGUGACAAAGAACUGUCAAUCGUUCGAUUCGUUCGAUGCCUUCAUCGCAUUGAUAGGUUUAGCACGAGGAAUAAUACUUUUAGAAAAAGGCGAUUAGUUUAUCCGGCGCGCGAGAUAAGGUCGCGCCGCACGAGUGCUAUAAGUAUACAGAACAGACCUCGCUAGCCUUGAGUCAACUAAGCUGUGUUUUUAUAUCCUAGAUACUAAAAUGACAGUUCGCCUGGCCAAUUUAAUAAAAUUCUGCUUUUGAACCAAUUUUGCACUAUUCUGGACAAAUUGGAGCAAACUUCGUCAGGCGCGGCAUCGCGAAUUAAGAUGAGUCAACUGUUAAAUAACAGGUAGAUAAUUAUGUGCGUGUUAUACUAUGUAGUGUGUACUCUUCCGCUGUAUUCUCCUUGACACAUGCCAACACAUGCCAUCGCUCGCCUAAGGUAUUAGGCGAGCGAUUUCAAUUGGUCAUCACUAAUUCGCCAUAUUUUUUUAUGCUAUGAGACCUCAACACAAUAUAAUGUUUCAACCUGUCAGUAAACUACAUAAAGUAGCAUUUUCACUGACUGAAUAGGAAAUUCAACUUAGGUACUGAUGUUUGGUUCAAUGGAUUGCUAUUUUUAUUGCGGGGAUUAAACCUACUUAACUGUCACUAGUUAGGCAUGACCGCAUGAUAUUGCAUAUCGAGUUCUUCAAACGCUAUGCCACAGCAAACUCGUAUGACUUGACCGCUUGUUUACGAUUGUACGUUCACUGAAUAUGUCCAGCUCGGAAGGUGACCUAAACUGAAUAUUGUUAUAUUUGUUAUGCAUUUCGCGUGAUGAAAUUUAAUAUCUGUGUUCCGAAUAGUUCCGACUAUGGUCGAGUAUGCGUUACCUACGCCCAAUUGCCUGGCGACCCAUAUAGAAGACGGUAUUGACUAAGCCUUAUUACUAAGGCUUGAUUUGUUAACAGUUGCUGUAUUUGUUGUGUAUAUCCUUAAUGACCGCACGUGGAAGUUAGGUUAAUCCAUACUAAUAUUAUAAAUGCGAAAGUCGUCUGUCUGUCUGUGUGUUCCCUCUUCACGCUUAAACCGCUGAAUUGAUUUAGAUGAAAUUUGGCAUAGAGAUAGCUUGAGUCCCUGAGAAGGACAUAGGAUAGUUUUUAUCCCGAAAAUCAUCCCUUAAGAAAGUAAAAAGCGGGGUGGAAUUGAGAUAAUUAAUGAAGUGUCUGCUAAUUUGUGUGCAUAAUAUGCUCAAAUUGAAUAAUUGCUAUAAGAUUUUCUCCAGGCGCUAUUCUUACUCUAGCUGGGGUUACUAAGUCCACGCAGACGAAGUCGCGGGCAAAAGCUAGUACGUAAUAUGGUAAAAAUUGUUACUUAAAUACGCUAGCCUCGUGCCGCCCAAUGUACAUUACGGAGUACAUUCUGUUUCAAUAGAGUUUCGACUCGGUUUCAAUCAUGUUUCAAUAGUUCUCAUAAAAAAUUCGAACAAAUGAAAUUCAACCCAAUUAAAAACACAACUAGAUUCAAAUUUCCAUUGCAAAAUUUUUGUAUGGUGGGCGGUACGAGGCUAGGGCUCGUCCCUUAGGCUAAAGCAAUUUACACAAAGUAACUGCCAUUCGCCCUUUAGUCGGCAUACAAAUAUGAAAGCAAUAAAAUUUUGUUCAUUCAGAUUGCUAAGCAAGUAUUGUUGCGCGAAAGACUUGUUUGGCACCGCCAUAUAUACGCGCGGCGAUAGCACUAUAUAGAAGCAUAGAACUUAUUUACAUUUCUUCGCGUUACAAGAUAUAGAUGUAUAUUCUGUUUUUUUUAUUCCGUAGACUAAAAUGACAUUUCAUGUGGUACUAAGAAAUGUCAUGUCUUACACAUGAAACGUCAUUUUAGUCUACGGAAUAAAAAACAGACCUUAGUUAAUUCUAAGUACUGCCAUUACACCAGUAAUGUAUCACGUUAAUGUAGAAUUUAAUUUUUUGCCGAACAAUAAAGGUUGCCUUAUAUUCUAUUUAGAAAUACCCUUACAGGAGUUACAUGACGCCGAAAAUGUUUUCCUUUCAACAUGCAAUUUUGUAAGAUAUGUACUUUCCGCCAGUGCACAAAUAAGUAUAAUAAUCAUUUUCUGCACUUUGAUUGUAUUGCCACUGCAAUGUAUGAGCAAUCACAGCUACGCCGGUUUUGGACCCUGUGAUCAAAAUUGUGAUGUAUUUUUUACAUUUUACUCUUUUAUGCACAUACAAUCAAUUAAUUAAUGAAAUUGUAAUGCUUUGUAUUAUUUACUUUACUUUCUUAAUUUCUAUUAGUUAUCAAUUGUAAAAUAUCAUCUAUCUAUUAAUAUUAUUUUUAUCGAAAUAAAAGAAGCAUCAAGACAAUUAUUGUCGUGUUACUUAAUACGAGAUUAAUUAAACUUAAAAUCAAUGAACUUGUUUUAUAAUAAAAUAAAUAAGCCUUGUUCUAUAAGGACUGGAGACAGCCAGCGCGGUAUUUCCUUUUUAUUGUAAGUAGGCUAUAUCGUACCUAGUAAAAGUCGUAGCUUUUUUGGUCUACUAAUAGGUACCUACCCUACCUACUCAAUAUAACGACAGUUACGUCCAUAUGGCAAUGUUUAGUCUACGCCUUUUUUACAUUUCCACACGCUGCUAGUCCUCACAGGGAACUUAUUAUUUCCUAUCUGCUUCUUGGCUAUGCUAUAUACUAAAUAGGCGUCAAAUAUCGAGCGAUUUCAUACAGCUUUAUUAUUAAAAUACACGAAUAUGUCGGUUUAUGGAAAGUGUAACGUUUUAUUUUACCAACUGGUCUAUUCUACUGAAUAAUAAGUAGGUGCAUAGAGGAAAGCAGUGAAUUAGUGAAUCUUAACGUUGUAGCAAUAAGACACCACGUUUUUUGUACCGCGGUCUUGUUCGUUAAAUAAACACGACCUAGUAAAAUUAGUUUACCUAGACUUAGGAUCUUGGCAUAAUGAAGCGGGCAUUCUGCUUCUACGUCGUUUUAUUUCACAUUAUCCGUUACGCGUGAGGUGUCUCACAAUAAACCAAAAAAUGAUAAUAUUACAUUGUUUCCGUGAAAAUAGUUUUCAGAAAGCUUUUACGGCCGUAUUUGUGGUGGAUCUACGUAUCAUGUCGCCUGAUUAUUGUCUCGGCUUUUAUUCCGCCAAGUUGUUCAUAAACGCGAUAAUAUUACAAGUGUAAAAGACAAGCUGAAAAUAAUUAAUCAGUCGAGGUCGAUGAAGUAAACUACUGAAAACCCCGUUCAAAGAAUAAUAAAGGCUGCAUUUACAAACUUGCUCGCUGCGCGCCAGGAUCUUGGUUGCGUAUGUUUUAUACCUAUUUUUAUAUAUUUAUUUUUAUUCACGAAGCAAUAUGAUAAUUUUAUAUUGUAUGGGCAAAUUAUUAAGAUGUAUCGUUAUCGUCGAAUGAAAGAUCAAUUCAUAAAGUUUACAAUGUAAUAAUGAUGCAAGCCAAGUACAAAGUGCUUUUAUAAGUUAAAUUACGGUUCAUUGUAAGGUAAGGCGAGGCGCCAGAGCCCACUGGUAUUCAGGCGUGGCAGUUGCGCUACUGUUAGUAUGUAGAUAAUGUAAUUCCGCAUAUUGUAUCAUUGUAAUUAAAAUCCUGACAACCACCAAAUAUUAUUUCCACUACCCACAUUAGCCUUAUAAAUGCCUAAUGAGUAACUGAAAAAAUAUUUUAUAAUAAAUAGUUUUAUUAACUUAUUACAAAAUAAAGAAUAUUACCUAUUAUACAUAGAAUGUAUAAAAUAUAAUAUUAGGUAAAUUUUAAUGUUAAAUAAUCGUGUAGGUACAAAUAGUACCUAUGUAUAAAGUUGACUAAUAUUGUUUACUUGUAAGUUCUGUUAUGUAGAGAUUUUUGUUUGUAAUAUUGUUAAACUACUGCGUGGACUUCUUCCCAGGUGGUCCAAUUUUUUAUAACCUAACCAAUAAAAUAUCGAUGUGGUUGUACAUUUACAUUUUGAAUAGAAUGUGCUCUAUUUA